AUGAUUACUCCUGAAAUUCGCUCUGCUUUAGCUGAACUAGACCCAUACCUUAACAUAUCGAAGACAAUGAUAUUCCAAUACCAGGAAGUUGAGCAAGAACUUGAAGGAGGAGUAAAUAAAAAAGUUAUUUUUGUUUUAGCGACUCAUGGAAUAUUCCUUUAUGAGAAAAAUGAUGAAACAUUCACUCAAGUAAAGUCAAUGCCCAUAUUCGAUCUUAUGCAUAUCAAUUCUACUGCAGAAACUGCAGAUUUUAGUAAUGAUACAGAUAGAAUUAAGAUUAAAACAGAAGAUGCAAUGACACUUACACUAUUUACAUACAUUAUUCGCACUUUACAGUUCCCAAUUGAAAUUUUACCUUUAUCUACACAUUAUCCACCGGAAUACCAGCCUCAUUUCGAGUCAACACAGCCUUACUCAGAUGACAUUAUCACAGACAGGAUUAUUUCAUGCUCAUUCUUCACAAAAUUAGAGUUAAAUGAUGAAAUUCUCGAAGAAAUCACUCAAAGAAUAGAAUUGAUCGACGAAAACUACGAAAUAACAACAGAUAAGUUAGAUUUUCCUUAUGUUCGUCAACUAAUCUUAGGACUUGCCUCCGAAAAAACAAUUUCGAAUUUAUUUUUGAAUUCGAUUGAAAUUUCAACAUUUCUUUCAAGAUGUAAUGAUCUAUUCAUCUAUGGGAAGUUCAUAACCAAGAUUAUAUUCAUUUCCUGCAAUUUCGGAGAAACUUUGGAAAAUUUGAAAAUUUUACUCCAAAAUUCUCAUCUUUUCAUGCCAUCUCAAUGGAUAUUCGAUAAAUGCAUCUGUGAUCAAUUCAAUUUCCUCCAAUUCUACACGAAAAUACCAGAAAUUACGAAAUCAAUUGAAUAUCUUGAAUUUAACAGCUGCAAAAUGGAGAAAACGACAAUGAAUGACAUAUUCUCAAACAUUUUGUUCGAGGAAUGCUACAAAUCCUUGAAAACAAUCAAAUUUUUGAAUACAAAUGAAAGUUAUAAUAUUUACGAUGAUAUUUCGAAUAUUUUAUCAUCGGAUUGGGUUGUUCAUAACCAGACAAUCAAUGAAAUAGAUAUAAGUAACUGUUCUUUGGAUUCUUCGACGCUUUUAAUUAAAAUUGUUGAAUUUGAUUCCGGAUUGAAAAUUUUGAGGUGCAGAAGGUCAAAUGCAGAAAGAUAUGUUGAUCUGAGAACUCCUACACCUUUGAAACAGCUUUCUUUCUUAGAUCUAAGACAUUGCAAGAUUUCAAGUCAAAAUUUGAUAAACCUCUUUCAAAUUGCAUCGUCUGGCAUAAUUUAUUUGAGAGGACUCGAUCUUUCUGAUUUAACGAUCUUUCCUUCGAUUGCUCGUGAUAUUUAUGAAAAUUUGACCGACAUGAACACAUUUAUACCAUCCCUACAAUGUUUCUUCUAUGAUGACAACGAAAUGAACAAAGAAGAACUGUUCGAAUUCAAAAGAUUUUUAUCUUUGCAAAAAAAUCUCAAAUUUGUAUCGUUAAACAACACAAUUAGUUGCAAAGAGAACCUCAAAAUGACAACAGACUUCUUUACAGGCCUUCUAUCCAUUGAAAACCUCGAAAGUCUUUCGAUCAGAUCAAAUGGAAGGAUGGAUGUGACGUAUGGUGACUUUUUAGCACCAGCAUUGGAUGAAUUGUCCAAAAGGAAGAUGAAACUCCUUGAUUUGACCGGACAACAAAUAAAAUCAGAUUCUUUGAAAAUUUUGACGAAAAUGAUCAAUGAAAAUAAAAUAGAAGAGCUUUAUUUCGAUGACUGUAGACCAAGCAACUACGAGGAGCUCUUAGAUCUUUGUGAUUUGGUUUAUAAAAAUCAAAUCAAAUCAUCUUUCCCUCAUCGAUCGUUACACAGAUUCUUUGGUUUCUUUGAUGAUGUAUAUGCUGUUUCUGAUAAUAUUUUGGAAAAUCACGAGAUGAUUGACAACAUGGAGGCAACUUUCCAGAUUUGUUACGGAGAUCCAAUAAAUGAUGAUGAUUUGAUUGCUACAAUAAGAUCUAAUGAGUUUGCAGCAACAAUCAAAGACAUUUACCAAGAAAAAGAAGAAAAUCAGGAAAAAUCAAGAAAAUAUCUUGAAAAUUCUCUUUCAAAUCCAGAAUUAUUGACGAAAUUAAACGUAAAUCCAGAGAUGGAAGCACUUAUCAACGAGUGUUUGGAAGGAACCACUCGAGAAUACCACAUUUUGUCUGUUUUAGACGAAAUAGCAGAGAAAUUUAGUAUAGAUGCAAUAUUGAAAGUUGCUAAUUAG